AUGCCUUCGCACACUUACACCGCCUUUCAACCGAUCAAAGCACAGAUCGAAGAAGGAGCACGGCAUCUCUUGGAUCUCAACGUUGCACAGCUGGAAGCAAAGUUCCCGGCUCUCAAAGAAGCUCUCGAGUUGGACAAAGAAGCUGGAGACUCUCGCCAGCGACACAAUUUCAGCUCCACCUGGUCCAAAUUCAAGCAGAAGCACAGACAACAGAAAAUGUCCAGCGCGAACACUCUACUAGGUACUCCUCUACAAGCCACCCCUGGCAUGUACCACGCUGGGUUUGGGCCUUCUACACAUGGCGGGGUGACGUACUUCGCCGCAUCGGGCGUUGCUGGGGCGACUGUUGGUAGUGUGCCUAUGCAACCAUCACUUGCUCCGCAUUUUGGACACGGUGUUCCGAUGUACGGUGUUCCACCUUCGCCAGCGCCGACGAGUCUUGGCUAUCCUGCGCAGCUGUACGCCCAAAGCUUUCAGCCGCAGUAUGGGCAGAUGGUACAGCAGCAGCCGCAGCCGUUGCCACAAUCGACUGGAGCUCCGAUUGAAACUUCGCUGAUUCCGACUACCGAACAGCUCUAUACGUAUCGUUGUUCGGGUCCUGAAGAGCUCUCUGGAGCCUUCCAAGCCUAUGGAACGAAGGUCUUCAGGGCUGGUAGCGAUGCCAAUGUUUCUGUCGUGCAGGAGGCACGCAUCCUACUUGGUGGUCCAUCAUUGACUGAGGAGGAGCACGAAAUAGAAAUGACGAAUCAAAUGGUGACGAUCAUGGAGCAAAAGGCGUUUGAGCUGGAGCAGUAUGCUUCGAACGAAACUAGCAAGGCAGAACAGACGUUACGUACAGCUCAACAGAGAGAGCUCGAGGCCAAGAAUUGGCGUCAAGUCAUUCAAUCUUGCAAAGAGCGCCAGGCCAAGGCAAUCAGCUUGAUCGGGCAGGUCGGAAAUGGCAACCUUCGCCCGACAGCAGCUGUUCCAGCCGCCGCAACACAGAGUGCUCCUGCCGCGACGGCCCCUACGACUCCUGGAGCAAACAAGGGUCUCUCUUCGGAUGUCCCAAGUGCCGACAUGGCCCCAGGCGGUGGAUUCGGUGGAUUCAGCAGCAAUCGCAGCAACCCAAUCGCAGUUGGCGGCGGAGCGCAGCAGGGCGGUAACGCCCCUUUCCCCAACUCGGACAUCUCCAACACGUCCAACUUGAACGGUGGCGGCUCGGGCUUAACUUUUGGUUCGACUUUGCAGCUCUCGGCCGACGGAAAGGAACCCACUCCUACAAACCACACAAGCGAGCUCGCAUGA